UUUGGGGGUAUUGUUUUUAGUUAUUCCAAGAAAUUACUUUUCUUGAUGAUUUUCCCUGAACCAGUUUAAUCUCGGAGUAAAUACUUGCAUGCACAGGUUUUUACUACAACAGUUCAUUCCUGUUUUGUCUGUUCUUCCGUAAAGCUGGUUUUCACUGAGAGAGAGAGAGAGAGAGAGAGAGAGAGAGUGAGAGACGACCACCCCAGAUACAGGGAAAAAAACUACAGACAUUCUUGGGAGAAAUCGUCUUCCCGCGAAAAUUUCCAACCCUUUUCAAUCUUUUCCUCGCGUUUUCUUUAAUUUUGCAGUCUCCAUACCAUUUUCUUGGUAAUAACUAAUGCACCGCUGUUUUCAUGGUCGUUGAAAUUGUUGUAGGGAGUGUUCUGUUUACCGUUUCUAGUUUCUUAAGGAAUAGUAGUAGUUGGGCUUUGAAAGUUUCGUUCUUACAUUGCGCGUCUAUCCAAAUCCAGGGGUUGUUAAAGUCAAACCUUAGAAAGUGAGAGAUCCAAGUCAAUGUUCAAAGGUUUUGUGCCAUGGAAAAAAGCAAAAACCUGGAUCAUUCCUACACAAACAUCUCCUUCUCUUCCUUCAUAUGUGCUUAUAUGCAGCAUAUAUGUUCUUAUAUAUAUCUAAGUUAUAAUUAUUUUUGGUCUUUGUAUUUUAUUUUUCAUUUGGUUCAGCUGAAUUAAGUGGGCUUAGAUCAUAUUUAGGUUCAGGGGCAUUACAAAGAUUGAAUCUUUUUGAGAUUUAGAGGUGGACUGUCCCAACGGGACUUUGUGGGUUCUGCCUGUCUUUUGGUCUUUCUUGUCUGAAUCUUCUGAGGGGUUCUCAUUCCUUACAUCCUUAUAUAUGUCACUCUUUCUGUCUUUGAGCCUCUGCUUCUUCCUUCUCCAAGCUAUAUUUGGUGAAAUUCUUCUUCACCCUGUGCUCUGAAUCUUUAAGGUUUUUAUAAUAGUUCUUUUGACAACUGUGUUUUAGAGUUAUUGGGGUUGAGGACUGCUACCUGGGUUGUUUGUCUGGAAAUAUUUGUUUAUUGUGUGGUGGGUGGGAGAAAGGCCUCAUUUCAAGUAAGUCUCUUCUCGGUUCUGGGUGUUUGAUAGAAGCAGCUUUCCCUUCAUCAGAGUACAUUUUGCUGUAAGAAAGCCGAGAUUUGUAUCUGUGUCGGUGUUUGGAGAUUUAAGAUUUUCGGAGGGUGAAAUAGAAUGAGAACUGGCAGAAAAAAGAAGUUUAAUUUCAGCAAGAUCUACUCAUUCAAAUGUGGGAAAGGAUCAUCCAGAGAUGACCACUCACAGAUUGGGGGACCAGGUUUUUCAAGAGUGGUUUAUUGCAAUGAGCCAGAUGGUCUGGAAGCCAGUCUUAGGAAUUAUGCUACGAAUUACGUUAGGACAACUAAGUACACUGCUGCAACUUUCUUGCCCAAGUCUCUGUUUGAGCAGUUUAGGAGAGUGGCUAAUUUCUACUUUCUUGUCACUGGUAUUCUGUCUUUCACUUCCCUUGCACCUUAUUCUGCAGUCAGCGCCAUCGUUCCAUUGAUUAUAGUUAUUGGAGCAACUAUGGUUAAAGAAGGUAUUGAAGACUGGCGUCGAAAGCAACAGGAUAUUGAGAUGAACAAUAGACUGGUCAAGGUACAUGAAGGAGGUGGAAAGUUUAAGCAAACUGAAUGGAAAAAUCUGAAAGUGGGGGAUAUAGUAAAGGUGGAAAAGGAUGAAUUUUUUCCUGCAGAUUUAGUUUUGCUUUCAUCCAGUUAUGAAGACUCUGUCUGCUACGUUGAGACCAUGAACCUUGACGGGGAGACAAAUUUGAAACUCAAACAAGCAUUAGAAGCCACUUCAUCAUUAAACGAGGAGGACCUCAAUGAUUUCAGGGCUGUUGUUAGAUGUGAAGAUCCGAAUGCUAAUUUGUACAGUUUUGUUGGAAGUAUGGAAUUUGAAGGGCAGCACUAUCCUCUUUCUCCUCAACAAUUGCUACUAAGAGACUCUAAACUGCGGAACACGGACCACAUAUAUGGAGCUGUUAUCUUCACAGGUCAUGACACUAAGGUUAUUCAGAACUCGACAGAUCCUCCAUCCAAGAGAAGCAAGAUUGAGAAGAAAAUGGAUAAGAUUGUUUACUUUCUAUUUGGUGUUCUGUUCUUGAUGGCAUUUAUUGGGUCAGUUUACUUUGGCAUUGUAACCAAAGAUGACUUAGAAGGUGGACACAAAAGGUGGUAUCUCAGACCAGAUGAUGCUACAAUCUUUUUUGAUCCGAAAAGAGCCCCAGUUGCUGCUAUAUAUCACUUUUUGACAGCCUUGUUGCUGUACAGCUACUUGAUUCCAAUUUCUUUAUAUGUGUCGAUAGAAAUCGUCAAAGUCCUUCAAAGCAUUUUUAUCAAUCAAGAUGUUCAUAUGUACUAUGAGGAAGCUGACAAACCAGCUCACGCCCGCACCUCGAAUCUGAAUGAGGAACUAGGCCAAGUUGAUACAAUACUUUCAGACAAGACGGGAACAUUGACUUGUAAUUCCAUGGAGUUCAUCAAGUGCUCUGUGGCUGGUACUGCUUAUGGAUAUGGUGUCACAGAAGUUGAAAAGGCUAUGGCCAAAAGAAAAGGGUCUCCUUUGAUAGUAAAAGGAAAAGAUGAUAUUGAGCAUCACGUUGGUAGCCCUAAAAACUCAUCCAUUAAAGGGUUCAAUUUUGAUGAUGAUAGGAUCAUGAAUGGGAAUUGGGUCCACGAGCCCCAUUCCGAUGUUAUCCAGAAAUUCUUCCGUUUGCUCGCAAUCUGUCAUACAGCAAUACCUGAUAUUGAUGAAAAUACAGGGAAGGUCACAUAUGAAGCUGAAUCACCAGAUGAGGCUGCCUUUGUCAUUGCAGCCAGGGAGCUCGGCUUUGAAUUCUUCAAAAGAACACAAACAAGUGUUUAUGUGAAGGAGUUGGAUCCUGUUUCCGGAAAAUUCAUUGAAAGGUCAUACAAGCUGCUAAAUGUUUUAGAAUUUAACAGUUCAAGAAAGCGAAUGUCAGUAAUAGUAAGGGAUGAGGAGGGGAAGCUACUAUUGCUCAGUAAGGGUGCUGACAGCGUUAUGUUUGAGAGGCUUGCUAAAACUGGAAGGGAAUAUGAAGAGGAAACCAGAGAACAUGUGCAUGAGUAUGCUGAUGCAGGCUUGAGGACCUUGAUACUUGCUUAUCGGGAACUUAGUGAAGAAGAAUACAAGGUGUUCAACGAAAAAUUUUCAGAGGCUAAAAACUCAGUUAGCGCUGAUCGAGAGGCACUGAUUGAUGAAGUGACUGAAGAAAUUGAACAAGAUAUGAUUCUUCUAGGAGCAACAGCCGUUGAGGACAAGCUUCAACAAGGGGUUCCUGAAUGCAUUGACAAGCUUGCACAAGCGGCAAUAAAGAUAUGGGUUUUGACUGGGGAUAAGAUGGAAACUGCCAUCAAUAUUGGCUAUGCCUGUAGCUUACUCAGACAAGGAAUGAAGCAAAUUACUAUUACCUUGGAUGCUCCAGAGAUCAUAGCUUUGGAGAAAAUGGGAGAAAAGGAUGCAAUUGCCAAGGCUUCAAAGCAAAGUGUUCUCAGACAGAUAACUGAAGGGAAGAACCAGGUUGCCAAAACAAGCACUGAGGCCUUUGCGUUGAUCAUUGAUGGGAAAUCCCUUGCGUAUGCAUUAGAAGAUGAUGUGAAAAAAUUGUUUCUUGAACUUGCAAUUGGCUGUGCAUCUGUAAUAUGCUGCCGCUCGUCACCGAAACAGAAGGCACUGGUAACUAGACUGGUGAAAGAAGGAACGAAGAAGACGACUCUGGCAAUUGGUGAUGGAGCCAAUGACGUGGGUAUGCUUCAAGAAGCUGAUAUUGGAAUCGGAAUCAGUGGUGUGGAAGGAAUGCAGGCUGUCAUGUCAAGUGAUAUCGCAAUUGCUCAGUUCAGAUUUUUGGAGCGCUUGCUUCUGGUGCAUGGACAUUGGUGUUACAGAAGGAUCUCUUCAAUGAUUUGCUACUUUUUCUAUAAGAAUGUCACCUUUGGCUUCACCGUCUUCUUGUAUGAGGCUUAUGCAUCAUUUUCCGGACAACCUGCGUAUAAUGAUUGGUUUUUGUCCCUUUACAAUGUAUUCUUCACGUCAUUACCAGUUAUUGCUAUGGGAGUCUUCGACCAGGAUGUAUCAGCUAGAUUUUGUCUAAAGUUCCCUUUGCUGUACCAAGAAGGAGUGCAGAACGUCCUCUUCCGUUGGCGUCGUAUAAUUGGUUGGAUGCUCAACGGAGUUUGUAGUGCUGCUAUAAUCUUCUUCUUCUGCGUACGAGCGCUAAAUCUUCAGGGGUUCAAUAAGGAUGGGAAGAUUGCCGAGUACCAAAUUCUUGGAGCGACAAUGUACACCUGCGUCGUCUGGGUCGUGAACUGCCAGAUGGCCAUUGCCAUCAGUUACUUCACGUUAAUCCAGCAUAUUUUCAUCUGGGGUGGAAUCGCUUUAUGGUAUCUUUUCCUCUUGGCAUAUGGGGCUAUGCCUCAGUCUAUUUCCACAACUGCAUACAAAGUGUUUGUCGAGUCUCUUGCCCCAACGCCCUCUUUCUAUAUAGUGACAAUCUUUGUUGUUAUUUCGGCCCUGGUACCUUACUUUGUCUACAAAGCUAUUCAGAUGAGGUUCUUCCCAAUGUACCAUGGAAUCAUACAGUGGAUAAGGUAUGAGGGUUUUUCCGAGGACCCUGAAUACUGCAACAUGGUGAGGCAGAGAUCUAUACGGCCCACAACUGUCGGUUAUACUGCACGUUCGUUGGCGCGAACGAACCCUUUAGAUGGAAUACAGAAUCACAGAUAACAUCUGCAGGUGUUAAAAGUGUAAAUUCGGAGCUUUGCCCCUUUUGUACAUGAUCGUUGGGCUCGUCCUUUUUUUGAAGAUGCACUUAGGACCGCAAGGUCUUUACAGAAGCAUGAUUCUGAUGUAUUCUGUUGCACCGUACUUUGUCUUGGCCCUACUAGUUUGUAAAUUUUGAUAUUCAUUAGCAUUGGAAGGAUAUUCAUUUAGUUUUUUACCUUGUACAAUUAGACAUCUAUGUAAUAGAUAAGAUAUGUUGUGAUUUAUGGAAUAAGUAUGAGAAAGAGACGAGGGUU